AUUUCACAGCAGUUCAUCAAACUUUCAUUGUGAUUGAAACAAAACGAAAAUAACAAACGAAAUUUGAAUUGAAAACUUCUAACUGGUAUAGUCGAGCUAAUCUGCAUUAAAUUCGGUUAUUUGCCCGAAUGCUUACUGCUGAUGGUAGGUAACAUGCAUUUCUCACCCUUUCCAUGUCACUCGAAGUACGUUUAUUGCCAUUCGGUACAUACAAAGCAAGUUUCCAUCGUUGAUUCUAAGGGGGGUUAGAAAGGUUAAACAUGGCUCACGACUUCUUCAUUCCACAGUUACGAAUUCGGAAAACUGUGUGGUGGCAGCACGUGAAACCCUAUUUAUAAUAAUAUUUCUGAGUUUUAUUAUUUCGGACAAUAUUCGUUUUCGACAAGAAUGAAACAAAAUGCUGAGGGGUCAUUCACAACUUACGCAACGGGAUAGUCCCCGGUCGGCGUAUUGACGCAGGAAGUUCUUUUCCCAGUGUCGCACGUUCACCGGUCAAAGCUUAAUGAAAGUAAAGCGUCGCUAAUCAGAUGCAUGGAAUCGUUAAUCGAAAGUCGAUGCAAGAAUCGUAAUCGAACCACAGCGUAUUGGUCGCACAGGUCAACGCUAUAAAACGGCUUCCCACCGUUGGUUCUUCGUUCACAAGCGUAUUGGUCGUUGCGCCGCUGAGGUCUUACGUUGGGUUUUUCGUUGAACGGUCAUCGCGCGGAUUGUGUGCAAAUUUCUUUCGGUUGGAUAACUUCUGCUGGUUCGGUUUGCAAGUUCAAUGUCAAUGUCUGCCUAGUGGAUUGUCAGCUCAACUAGGACCGGAUACGGACGCAGGACUCAGGCAGACGCUUACGGGAACUCCUCUGGCGGAAUUUGGAAUCUAACGCUUUGUGAAGAUCGAGUUGGUGAAGUGACUUUUAAAGGCUUGUAUUUGGGAACGGUGCUAAGCAUUUGGUGAUUUGUGGAACUAUUUGUAAGGGAUAAAAUUGGUGUUUUUGUGAAGUGAUUAGUGAACGAACUGAUAAACAGUACAAAUUGAUAUAACAAUGGGUUCGAGAAUUGAAAAUCCCGCGAUCGAACAUCGCGCCAAGCCUCCUAUGCCCGGUGAGGAGAUCGUGAUAGCUGGUAUUUCCGGUCGUUUCCCCAAUUCGGACAAUGUCCGUGAAUACGCCCACAACCUGUACAACAAGAUCGAUAUGGUGGACGAACUGGAAACUCGUUGGCGUCACAGCAAUGUGGAAAUUCCUCGCCGUAUGGGAAAGGUCAACAACCUGGAGAAGUUCGACGCUACGUUCUUCGGUGUGCAUUUCAAGCAGGCCCACACGAUGGACCCGCAGUGUCGUAUUCUGGUGGAACACGCCUACGAAGCAGUCAUCGAUGCCGGUGUCAAUCCAAAGAGUCUUCGUGGAUCGCGUACCGGAGUGUUCGUCGGAGCCUGCUUUGCCGAGUCUGAGAAGACUUGGUUCUACGAGAAGAUUUCCUCCGGUGGAUUCGGUAUUACCGGUUGUUCCCGUGCUAUGAUGGCGAACCGUAUUUCCUACACCAUGGGUCUGAACGGUCCAUCGUUCUUGUUGGAUACCGCUUGCAGUAGUUCCAUGUACGCUUUGGAUUGCGCUUUCAACGCUAUCCGCAACGGAGAAUGCGACGCAGCUAUUGUUGGCGGAUCUAACCUGCUGCUGCAUCCUUACGUAACUCUGCAAUUUGCCCGUCUUGGAGUCUUGGCGGCCGACGGAUAUUGUCGCCCGUUCGACAAAGACGCCUCCGGUUAUACCCGCUCGGAAGCCAUUUGCGUUGUGUUCUUACAAAAGGCUAAGGAUGCUAAGAGAAUAUACGCUGACGUCGUCUACUCGAAGACCAACUGCGAUGGGUUCAAGGAGGAAGGCAUCACCUACCCGUCAGGCCCGAUGCAACGUAAGCUGCUUUCGGAAUUCUACCAAGAAAUCAACAUCGAUCCAUCGACGGUUGACUACGUAGAAGCUCACAGUACCGGAACAGUUGUUGGUGAUCCAGAAGAGUGCAACGGAUUGGAUAAGGUGUUUUGCCAAGGCCGCAAGAAACCACUGCCAGUCGGAUCGGUCAAGUCUAACAUCGGUCAUUCCGAAUCCAGCUCGGGUAUCUGCUCUAUCAUCAAGUCGGUUUUGGCGUUCGAAAAUCAACUUAUUCCACCAAACAUCAACUUCAGCGAAAUCAGAGGAGACAUUCCAUCGCUGGUCGAGGGACGUUUGUCGGUUGUUUCGGAGCCUACACCUUUGGACGGCCCAUUGAUUGCGGUCAACUCUUUCGGUUUCGGUGGUGCCAAUGCUCAUGCUCUGCUUAAAGGUAACCCGAAGUUGAAGAUUAACGGCGGUAUUCCGGAGGAUAACCUGCCACGUUUGGUCACAUGGUCCGGUAGAACCGAAGAAGCCAUCGAUGUAAUUCUAACUGAGCUUAGCAACAAACAUCUGGACGCCGAAUACGUCUCCUUGUUGCACAGCGUUCAGAGCGAGUCUAUUCCCGGAAAUGUGUUCCGUGGCUACGGAGUCUACGCCAAGAACGGAACGGAAAACGCUCUGUGCCUAGGACGUGAUUGCCAACAUUACACCGGUAUGAAGCGCCCGCUGGUUUGGGUGUUCAGCGGUAUGGGUUCGCAGUGGACCGAAAUGGGUACUUCUCUUCUGGAAAUCCCAAUCUUCCGGGCUUCUGUUGAAAAAUGCCAUCAAGUGUUGGAGAAGAAGGGCCUGAAUCUGAUGGAGAUUCUCACCUCUAAGGAAUGCAAAUAUGAAAACAUUCUUCACUCAUUUGUGGGAAUCGCCGCUGUUCAAAUCGGUAUAGUAGAUGUCCUGCGAUCGCUCGAUAUCGAACCAGACUUUGUGAUUGGACAUUCCGUCGGUGAGCUGGGUUGUGCGUACGCUGAUGGAUGCUUCACUGCCGAGCAAAUGAUUCUGUCUGCAUACUCGCGAGGUAUGGCCAGUUUGGAGACGAAGACCGUGUUUGGUUCGAUGGCCGCUGUUGGUAUGGGCUAUCGCAAGAUCCGUACGAUGAUUCCUCCAGGCAUUGAAGUUGCAUGCCACAACGGUCCGGAUUCGUGUACCAUUUCUGGACCCAAGGAAAACGUAGAGGCUUUCGUAAAGGAGUUGACUGGCAAGGGCAUAUUCGCCAAGGAAGUUCCUUGCUCGAACAUUCCUUACCACAGCAAAUACAUCGCUGAAAUGGGCCCAAGGCUGUUGGCACGACUGAACGAAGUCAUCCCAGAACCGAAGAAACGCUCACCGAAAUGGCUGAGCUCAUCCGUACCGAAGAUCCGCUGGGAUCAACCGGAAAGCCAGUACUCAUCGGCUCACUACCAUACGAACAAUCUGUUGAGCUCGGUACUGUUCGAAGAAACUUCCGCUCUGCUCCCGAACAACGCCAUAACCAUUGAAGUUGCUCCUCAUGGAUUGUUGCAAGCCAUUUUGAAGAAAUCUAUGCCGAAUGCUAUCCAUAUUGGAUUGACCAAGCGCGGUAAUAAGGAUAACGUGCAGUACAUGUUCAACGCUUUGGGAAAAUUGUACGUCAAUGGAUUGGACAUCCCGGUUUCGCGUCUCUAUCCUCAAGUGGAAUAUCCCGUCUCCCGAGGAACGCCCCUGAUUUCCCACCUGGUCCGUUGGGAUCACAGCGAAGAUUGGUUCGUGACCAAGUUCGAAAUGCAGAAGUCUUCGAAGAGUGGCGAACGUCGUGUCAAGAUCAAACUCAGCGAUCAGGACUUCAGCUACAUCGCUGGACACGUUAUCGACGGUCGAGUGCUGUUCCCUGCCACGGCAUACCUUCAUCUGGCGUGGGAAACUCUUGCCAUGGUUAAGGGCCCGAUGUACUUCGACUUGGAGGUUGAGUUUGAGGAUGUUAAGUUCCUGCGGGCUACGUCGAUUGCCAAAGAUCAAGAGAUCGAGUUCACCGUGAUGCUGCAGCCGGGUACCGGCCGAUUUGAGAUCACCGAAGGGUCGGCAGCAGUCGUUACAGGCUACGUCAAGCACGUUGAAAACAUUCAACUGUCGGAAAUUCCAGACCCACCAGAAAGCGACUUCCCCAUGCUGUCCGCUCGUGACUUCUACAAGGAGCUGCGUCUGCGUGGUUACCAUUACAACGGUGCUUUCCGCGCUGUCCAGGAAGCUCGAGCUGAUGCCCGUUGUGGAAAGGUCAGCUGGGAUCUGAACUGGGUGUCGUUCCUUGACUGCUUGCUGCAGUGCUGUAUUGUUGGAAAGGACACUCGUUCUCUGAUGAUUCCAACCGGAAUCGAACGCUUGCGCAUCGACCCGAAGAUGCACCUGGCCAUUGCCAAUACCAUGGAGGAAGGUGAACAGGUGUUCGACUUCAAGUUCUCCGAUGUACUAAACACGAUCCGUUGCGGUGGAAUCGAAGUGAUUGGUCUGCAGGCUAGUACUGUUGGACGCAGGAAGCCACCAGGUUAUCCAGUUUUGGAAUCGUAUCAAUUCAUCUCGCAUCUUCCAGCACCGAAGAUGACCAAGGCCGAUGCCGUACGAGUGUGCGUCCAACUUGCUCUGGAAAACAUCCCAGUACCGAAGGUUAAGGCUGUGGAAACUGACUUCCAUAACGACACUCCGAUUACGCCGCUGUUUGCUGAAGCACUUGGUGAUCUCCCAUUGGUAACCGCCGAUUUGAUGUUCCUUUCUCAGCAACAGCUAUCCCUCACUGGAGUACAUGUUGAAGACGGUAAACUAUCCACUCAAUCGAGCUGUCUGUUCUUGAUUUCCGUGAACUGUCUCGGCCGUCCGGAAUUGAUCGAAGAAGCAGCCAACAGCUUGCACGAUAGUGGUUUCAUCCUCUCGCGUGAAGCCGCAAACCUGGCCUUAGAUAGCGUCGUGGCUCCUGCUGGAUACCAACUGAUUGCCCUAAUUCCUGUUGAAGAUGAAACCUACGUACUAUUGCAGCGUAUCAAGCGCAAGUAUAUGGGAAGUCCAACUAUUGUCCCCAUUCCUAAUGAUGACAAGUAUGACUGGGUCGCUAAGCUGCGGGAUGCGAUGAAGCAAGGAUCGGUGAUCGCUGUGGCCCAAGGAGAUAGCAUGUCUGGUAUUCUCGGACUGGUUAACUGUAUUCGUAAGGAGCCCGAUGGUGGCAUGGUGAGCUGCGUGUUUGUUGAUGAUCCUAAGGCACCUGCUUUCGAACUGGACAAUCCUGUAUAUAAGUCGCAUUUGAAGCUUGGACUUGCAUUGAAUGUCUACCGUAAUGGUCGCUGGGGAUCCUACCGUCAUCUUCAACUGUUGCAACCGAUUGUCACCAAGCCAAGACGUGACCAUUGCUAUGCUAAUGCUCUCACUAAGGGAGAUCUCUCAUCGAUGACCUGGCUCGGCGGACCGUACAAUCAGCGUAGACCGACACGUGAACUCGUCAAGGUUUGCUACAGUUCGUUGAACUUCCGUGAUGUGAUGUUUGCUUCGGGCAAACUUACGGCCGACUUUGCCAAUCUGUCACGUCUCGAGCAGCAGUGUGAUCUUGGUUUCGAGUAUUCCGGAGUUACGGAGAGCGGAAAACGAUUGAUGGGAAUGCUUACGACCGGAGCAAUGGCAACUCAUGUUGAGAAUGAUGAGUCGUUGACAUGGAUUGUUCCCGAACACUGGACUCUGGAGGAGGCGGCUACAGUUCCGGUAGUCUAUGGUACAGUGUACACUGCAUUGUUCCUCAACGCAAACAUUCAGAAAGGACAAUCCAUCCUUAUCCACGCUGGUAGUGGAGGUGUUGGUCUGGCAGCUAUCAACGUAUGUCAGGCAUACGGAUUGGAAGUGUACACUACGGUGGGAACACAAGCGAAGCGGGACUUCCUGCUCCAAACCUUCCCGAAACUAAAGCCUGAGAACAUCGGAAACUCUCGUGACACUUCAUUCGAGAAGAUGAUCAUGCUUCGUACUAACGGCAUGGGAGUUGACUACGUACUGAACUCGUUGUCCGAAGAUAAACUGCAAGCUUCGUUGCGCUGCUUGGGCAAAUACGGGAAAUUCCUGGAAAUCGGAAAAUACGAUAUGGCCAACGACAGCAAACUGGGCCUGCAUAGAUUCUUGCGAGCCCUGUCGUUCACGGCCAUCUUGGUAGAUUUCCUGUUCACAGCUCCAUUGGAGGAGAAACAGGUCUUGCGCGAUCUGGUCGAUAAGGAUAUCAAGGCCGGAAUCGUCAAGCCACUGAAGACUAACGUUUUCCCUGCCAGUGAAAUUGAGAAUGCCUUCCGAUAUCUUGCUAGCGGUAAGCACGUCGGUAAGGUUUUGUUGAAGAUUCGCGAGAACCCGAACGACGUUGAAUCGGUUCCGAUUGCUUAUCUGCCGAGAAUGUACUGCAAUCCGGACCAUUCGUACAUCAUCGCUGGAGGUUUGGGAGGAUUUGGUUUGGAACUUGCUGACUGGUUGGUAUUGCGUGGAUGCCGCAAACUAGUGUUGAGCUCCAGCCGAGGUAUUACCAAGCCGUACCAAGCCUACAGAAUCAAGAUGUGGGAACAGUAUGGAGUUCAGGUGGUAGUGAAUACCGAGGACAUCACGACCAAGAAGGGUUGCGAGGCAUUGAUAAUGGCUGCUAUGAAGUUGGGUCCAGUUGGUGGUAUCUACAAUCUGGCCGUACAGUUGCGCGAUGGUAUCUUUGAAAACCAGAGUGUGCAGAAGUUCAUCGAGUGCAUGGGUCCAAAGGCCGUUGCGACCAAGCAUCUGGAUGAGCUCAGCCGUAAGCUGUGUCCCAACCUGUCGUAUUUCGUUGUGUUCUCCAGCGUGUCUUGCGGUCGUGGAAACGCUGGACAGAGCAACUACGGUAUGGCGAACUCCGUCAUGGAACGUAUCAUUGAACAUCGUCAUGCGAAUGGACUGCCAGCUAAGGCUGUUCAGUGGGGAGCCGUUGGUGAAGUCGGUUUGGUUGCAGACAUGCAAGAAGACAAGCUCGACAUGGAAAUCGGUGGCACUCUACAGCAAAGAAUCUCAUCUUGUCUUCAGGAGUUGGAUCCUCUGCUGACAACUCCAGAACCAAUCGUGGCCAGUAUGGUUGUUGCUGAAAAGCGUGUGAGGAGCAGCGGCAAGGAUAAUAUCAUUGAAUCUGUUAUGAAUAUUAUGAGCAUUCGUGAUAUUAAGUCGGUAUCGAUGGACACGACGCUGUCGGAACUGGGAAUGGACUCACUGAUGGCCGUAGAGAUCAAGCAGACCCUUGAACGUGAAUACGAACUUUUCCUGACACCGCAGGACCUCCGAUCGCUGACUUUCCUGAAACUUCAAGAGCUGACCGAAGCCAAGGCAUGUUCCGACGACAACGUUAAACUGAAGCUGGCUAAUGAAAAGACUCCAACUGGCGUUGCCAUGUUGUUGCGUAACUUGGGCGAUGAAUUCAACAGCGAACAUACGAUUCUACGUCUUCAGUCCGAAAACGACUCGAAGAAGUACAAUGCUUGCGUGCUCUUUACACCUGGAAUUGAAGGCGUUGCCGGUAAUGCCUGGCAUAGUAUCGCUUCGCAGCUGACUCUGCCUACGUUCAUCACUCAACUAACCAAGACGAUCAACAUGAGCAGCAUACCGGAGAUUUGUCAAUUCCUGUCCCAGGAUGUGAUCGAGAAUGUGUUCAAGGGAACGGAACACUUCUAUCUCGUCGGUUACUCGUUCGGUGCAUUCAUUACGCUGGAACUGGCACGAUUGCUGGAGGAGACUGGUAAACGAGGAAAAAUCCUGCUGAUUGACGGAGCACCCAAGUUCUUGCACAAGUUGGCCCUGGAUCAAAUGUCCGAUAACUGGACCGAGGAAACUGUUCAGAUUGUUCUGUUCGCUGGCAUCCUCAAUACCAUCUAUCCAGAUGAGACUACGGAUGUGCUACCCAUAAUCAGCGGCUGCCCUUCGUUCGAGGCACGAAUGGACAAACUGCUCGAACUUACCAAGGAUCAGAACAUCUACUCCGAAUCAUACCUGAGGAUGAUGACCAAGGCAUUGUUCAACCGUAUCAAGAUCACCCUGCUCUACGACGUCAACAAGAUUACCCCACUGGAGUCCCCGAUCACCUUGGUUCGCCCAACGGAAGUGUCCGUCGUGGACAUCGAAGAAGACUACGGACUGGCCGAGUACACCAAGGGAACGGUUAGUCUCAAGUUCCUGGAGGGUAACCACAUCACCAUGUUGGAGAACCCGAAGCUGACACAAAUCAUCACCGAGUCGGACCCAGUGCUCGAGUCGGAUCGCUGCUUCCAGAAGUACCUUCAGAGCAAUGUAAUUGCCGAAUAAGAAUCGACCACGCCACGCCGAUAACCGAUAAAGCAACCCUAACAGCACGACCACUUCACCUUUUGCUAUCGAUUGUUGUUUGACAACCCAGGCACACACCUCUACUCCCAAAGAAACUAUCGAAUCCCAAGAAAAAUCCAAUCCCAAGUAAAGUUAAUAAAAGAAAAGUUAAUUUAUAA